GUCUUUUUUGCUGGGGCUAUCUGCCUCCUUUUUUACUUCACUCAUGAGCGGGGUGAAUUUCGGACAGAAGAAGAUCAACAACGCUAACCAGAAAGCAUCAUAAACAAACACUUGUUCAUAAUCUCUGUAGUUAAACAAUAGUAAAUAAAAACUAAAUUAUGGGGAGAAUAAAGAGUGUUCCUAACAAGAAAGAUUUUUCCCUUGGACAGUGCAGUUUGAGCACUAUUGGGGAGCUAAGACCGUUCAUCCGCAAAAUGCGGAAAACGAAGAAAACCCCCAAAGAGCCCGGCCGAACAUAUUCGCUUAAUUUUGCGCAAGAAGCACAUCGAAAUUUCUAUCUUGGGGAUAUUAAGAUCGGGCGCACCAGCAACGUCCUUCCAGGAAAAAUAGAAGUUGGAAGAAUAGAAUUUAACGUCCAGAAUGAAGAACAGCAGUCUGUGAUUCUCAUCCUAGGCGAUGAACAUAUAGUUGUAUACCCAGAAUUCGAUAUAUUCCUGCUGCGAGAUCUGGUCCAGGACAAACAGUUUUUGCUUGAAAUCUACACUCAAGGUGAAGCCCUAUAUUUCAAGAUCUUCCUGAUUGCGAUACCACUGCCACGGCCGCACCGCACAACUGCCAAUUCCAUCAAAAAUAUAUUUAAAAUACUCUACAAUAUGGACUUUGCUGAUUUAGCUAAAACUAAACCUCAAAGCCAAAACGCUUUGACAACCAACGAAUUGAACCAGGUGUACGCUAAACUAAUGGAAAACAAGGACUGGAAGCAGCAUACUUUCACUGGGAAGGACUUGGCGCUUUUGAAGCCCUCCUUAAGGCCCUACCAGGAGCAAUCCCUUCAAUGGAUGAUCCAUAGGGAGAAUGAAGGCGGUACUCUAAAGGAUGAUAUCAAUCCAGCAUAUGAGAAAGUCACCUUAAGGUCCGGACGCGUUGUUUUCGUCGAAAAGUUUACGGCGCUGUUAGAGAAUGAGCCCCCAGUAGUCAGCAGGGGUUGGAAAGGAGGCAUUCUAGCCGAUGAAAUGGGGCUGGGGAAAACCAUCGAGGUCCUGGCGCUUAUUUUAUCUCACCAAAAAACCCCCAGCCCUACUUGUACGGUUUCUGCAGAUAAUAUGAAACAGCUAACAGUCGCCACUGGACCAAAGAGGCAAUUAUCGCGCAGUAAAGAUCCACCGGAAAGGAAAACAAAAAAGAUAAAGAAAGCAGAAACAGUUAAUACCGGCAAAUCUAACACAUUCAAGGCAUUGGAGGCGAUCUAUACUGAAACACUGUCGCAAUUCUGCACCACCAAACCCAGAGCACGCCAUGUGGUUAAUCCAGUUCAAUGCAUUUGCGGAUCUGCGAGUACUAAUGAUACAGUGAAAUGUGUAACUUGCGACAAAUUACAGCACAUUUCCUGCUUGGCCUGGAGGCCUGAAUUAGGACCGUACAAAUGUCCACAAUGUUGGGAAGCCGCGGAUCUGAUUGAAUCGAAAGCCACUCUAAUUGUGGUUCCGGCGACUUUAAGCAGGCAAUGGUGUAGGGAGAUGGAGACUCAUUUGAAAUACGGAUUAAAAGUUCUCCAUUAUGAAGGAUGCACUAACAGCCCAGUUUAUCCAGCAGAACUGCUAGAUUACGAUAUAGUAAUUACUACGUAUAGUGUUUUGAAAAGCGACAUUAAACUCACCGAAACUAACACGUCCAUUAGCCGUCGACAGCAGCGCAAAUAUUGGCCGAUAUUAUCGCCGAUUGUGCGGGUUUUAUGGUGGCGGAUUUGCCUGGAUGAGGCGCAAACCGUGGAAUUGCCAAUGAUUUCGAAAAUUACCAAGAAAAUAUCAGCCUGCCACAAAUGGGCCGUGACUGGAACCCCCAUGUCCAAAGGGAUAGCAGACAUUUUCGCACUAAUCGACUAUUUACAGAUGGAACCAUACAAUGACUUGUACACAUGGAACAAUGUUUUGUAUUAUCCGUACGUCGCCGGCAAUACCCAGCCAAUGUAUGACUUUUUGUCGAAAAUUCUAUGGAGGACCUCCAAGAGUGCGGUUUUAAAUCAGAUCAACAUCCCGGAGCAAAGCGAAAAGUUACACAUGCUGGAAUUCUCCGCAGUGGAAAAGUUCUUCUACAAUCGCGAGCACGAAGUAUGUUCGCGAAACUUUUUGCAAAUCGCUUCGAAGUUUGAGGAAGAUAUUACGUUGCAGAAAAUGAACAGAAAACAUCUCAAACAACUGAUGCAGCCUUUAGUGUCUUUAAGGCAGGCUUGUUCGGAUGCCAGCACUGUGCGAGGCAAAGGCCGCUACCUCUCGUUAAAAAGAGACGCAUAUUCGAUGAAAGACUUGCUAGAAGCGCUGAUUCUGAAGAACAAAUGCGACUGCGAGGAAGCUUUGAGGCUGCUGGUCAGCUCUAACAAUGGUUUGGCCGGUACCUAUUUACUAAUGAACGAUCCUGAACAAGCUAUUGCCGAAUACCGCAAAGUGCUUCAGUUGGCCGCAAAGUUCUCACUUGUUGAACGAGACGGCUGUGGCAAAAUUGAUGUUGACAAGUUGCCUCUGAUACACGCCAUGCAUAAUUUGGCUGAUGUAUUAGAGACCCAUCAGCCAAAGAUGCGCACGAUUAGAGACAGCAGUUUAAGGAAAGACUGCACUGAACUGGAGAAGCAGUAUAUUGAAAAAACCAUGAAGGAGACGGGAUUCAGAAGCGAGCUGUACAAUGCCGCUACAGCCAUUGUGACUAAACAUCAAAGUGAAUUUAUCCUCAGUCACGGCGAAUGGUAUUCGGAUGGCUUCGAUUGGGUCAGUCUGAACGGACUAGAAAAGGAUUUAAUUUCAAGAGUAUCGGCUGCGGCUGGUGUUACUGCCAGCAAUUUAGAAUUUUAUCAAAUUCGCUCACUGUUACGGAAAACAUACAAUUGGCACGUCAGCUUGGAACAAACCCGAGACGAGCUCUGUUCUACAAUAAACAGCCUAUAUCGGAUCGAUCCUGAGACCAAGCAGCUGAUCACUUCUGAAUAUGUUGUGGAAAAGGCCGUGGAAUGCCAUCUCAGGCCGGUACAAGCCAAAGCGACUAAACAGAAAGCUGAAUGUCCCAUUUGUGUGGCCAAUGCCGAGUUGAUAUCCUAUGAGAAGAACCUUUACAAUACGGAAGGUCGGGCUGAAAUGUGCGAGAAGAAGACCCUGGAAGAAUCCGUGCUGAGAUGCUUAUUGGCUUUGUUGAAGUCGAAAAACUGCGAAGCCGACAUUAUAAAGGACGGGGAAACGCACUUGCUGUUACUAGAGGCCUUAAAAAAAGAGUUCAAGGAAAUCAGCAAGCUGUGGACUCUGCUUGCUAGGCAGGUGUGCGCCCAGGAUGAGGUCGAAAUUUGCAAAGUGCGGCUCCAAUUUAAGGAAAAGAGCCAGAACAAAACAGUAGUUGAUAAACAGCUGAAAAUGCUGAGCUAUGAACAGAACAAUAUCCAUGAACAUAUUAAUCUAAUCAGCCCGGAAGAGGUUUGUUAUCAAGAAUUAACGCUGCGUUCAGAUGAAUCGCAAUACAACACGCGACUGGAGGCUUUGUUAGGCAGGCGAAAUUAUUUAAACACUUUGAGGCAACAGCAGUUUGAGGGCUACGCUCCAGAUCCAUGUCCGAUUUGCCAGAGCCCAUUGGUCAAGACCUGGGCGAUUUUAUCGUGCGCCCACACCUACUGUUUGGAAUGCUCUGAAGCUUUGAUAAAUAAGACCAGGAAGCAAGACCUCCAAUGCAGUGUCUGUCGCUCCAAGCAGAGCAUCCAGGACUUAGCUUACAUCAACAGCUGCUCUGAUGGUGCCGCCCAAGACGAGGAUGAAACCAAAAUAUCGGUUCUGGGAAAUUACUGCAAGAAAAUCGAAAGCGUCGUUCAACUCGUCUUGAGUUUGAGAAGAACAACCCCUACAGUCCAGGUGCUGAUAUUUUCGUCUUGGACAGUGGUGUUGAAAUUAUUGGGAAAAGCUUUGGAGCAAAACCACGUUACGCUGGAGCUGGUUGAUUCAAGCACAACAUUUGCCAAACGAAUCCAACACUUCAAGGAUCCUUUGAACAACAUCACGGCUCUUCUGAUUCCCAUCGAGUUCGGUUCCAAAGGACUGAAUUUAAUUGAGGCCACACACGUAAUUUUAAUGGAACCAUUGCUGGACACCGCUAAUGAGCUGCAAGCCAUUGGGAGAGUUCAUAGAAUAGGCCAAACCAAAAAAACGGUGGUCCACCGAUUCGUAAUCCGUGACACCAUAGAAGAGUCUUUAUACAAAGCAACUUGCUCAAACUCCCUGGGAUGGGAAAAAGGGAGAGUAACGGUUGGACAGCUACGAAGCCUCUUCGAGAGCGCCAUUGACGAAAAUGAGUCAAUAAAGUCGUCCAAAUCAACCGGGAUGGAGAAGCUUAAGAGGAGCAGAUAGUAAACACCUCGAUAUCUUUGAGGCCAGCAUUGGCAUGCCAAUUUCCAAGUUAGCUGCGAUUAUUGGCCGAAACAACUAAUUAUAAUGCGCUAUAAAGAGAAACCGAUAUAGGUAUGUAUAAACCUACCAUACAUUCCAUCUUUGAACUCCAAAACUUAUCCACUUUUUGGGAUCGUGUAACUGAAAGGCUAUUAGGUUUUCUGGAAUCCCUCUUAACUGUUACAGAACAAAGCGAUCUCAAUUACCGUAAAUAUAAGUCAGUAUGAUGUACAGUGUACUAGUGUUUUUCAUAUAAAAAUAAAAGGUUUUGUAUUA